GUAGAUAGCCAUAGCCAAGAUUCUUGUUUGAGCUUCUUUGAAAUGGCCCCAUUAGAUAUUAGCAAGUUAAGGUUUGUUUUACAAGUCUUGAGGCAUUACAAGUUUCCUGAAGCAAGAUGGUUUGACUUUGGGCUCAAUCUUGGUCUACUUCAUCCUACACUGGAAGCUAUUGAGUCAGCUCAUAGAGGCAACCCUUCACGCUGCCUGAUGGAGUGUUUAACCAAGUGGUUGACUAAAGCUGAUGAUAAUGUCACCACUGUUGGUCCUAUUAUCUGGCAAACACUGGCCAAUGCUCUUAGAGAAAUGGACGUAAAAUCUAUUUCUACUGAUAUUCGUAAAACAAUGGCAGAUCCUGUCAGUGAGAUAUUACAGUGUUAUAUUGGUAGACUAGCUCAAGUUGUUCUUACUGAGGAAUCAGUUGAUCUCUUACAUACAGAGGGAUUGAUAUCUAAGGAUACAUUAACAGAAGUGAAGAGUUGCGGCUGUUCAUUGGUAGGAGAUCCAAUGUUACUAAUAUUAAGUGCUGUAGCUGAAGAUCAUAGCAAGUUACGUACCCUGACAAGCAUUCUAAUGAAAUCAAAGGAAGCAGUGUCUUUAGCUAGUGAUAUAAUAAUGGAAUAUGGAAAGUCAUUUCCUUUAGCAGUAACAGUGAUGCCAUCUUGUCAGCAAGCAAGUACUUCAACAUCUUUAAGAUCUGGACAAUUACAAGAUAGUAGUAGCGAGACUCAAGUAACUACCAAUACUGAUGCUAUUCCACAAGGUGUAGUAGAGGCCAUAGUGCAUCCUGGCUAUAAAGCUGAGUUUGAUAGAAUGGGUGAUAUACUUGGUACACUUAUUCACAAUGUUGUUCCUCUUAUUGAAGCAGCCAUACCCUCUGUCAAUGAUUUGAAGACCUACCUUGGAAGGUGUCGUCGAGAUUUAAAACCUCAAUUGAAAAAUGCCAAUAGCUUUGAUGAUGUAAUGGACGUGAUUGAGGAUGAGUGUUCUAUCACUAACGUUGCUCUAUUGGAGACUAUAGUGAACAAAUACUCAAUACAAGAUGCUGGAGACAUGAUAUUAGCUUAUCAGACACACCUGGAUGAAUUCUGUGAGAACAAAUUAACAAUGUUUUGUAAUUGUCAGCUUAAGAGAUUAUCAUCUUCUCUCCUCACUUGUGAGACAAUCAAGUUUAUUCUGAAAUGGAAUCCAAGUGAGCAUUCUCUCUCCAGUAUCAGAGCCCUCCUAUGGAAAACGUUCAAGGAUAAUCAAGUAGAGGUGGUAGUGAUCAAGGAAGGGAACUCCAUCAUUGUUACUUGUUAUGCUCCUCAUUAUCUGAUGGAGAGUUUACUAGUGACAGCUAGAGAUAAUGUUGAUAUGCUAAAGGAGAUGGGAUUGAUUAGUUUAACUAUUGGUUACUAUACUGUGUAUGAUGAACAUGCAAUUGAUGAGGAGGUGAAGAGUCUAAUGAAGAAACUGGAGAUGGUAGAGAGUGAAAGAGAUGAUUUACUUGAGGAGAAUGCUAAAUUGAAAGAGUCUAGUAAGGAAGGUAGUAAAAAGAAGAUGUCAAAAGCAAUGCAGAUAGAAGUAGAUCAUUCACCAUCAUCUCUUCAAAGCAAAACAGAGUUUGAGAAGGAAGACAGUAAAAAGAAGAUGACAAAAGCAAUGCAAAUGGAAAUAGAUCAUUUACGAUCAUCUCUUCAAAGCAAAACAGGAAUAGAGGAAACAUUAAUUGAAAGAGAGAAGGAGAUAGAGCUGUUACAGGAAAAGAUAUCACUAAUGAAUGUACAACAACUGAAAGAAACUUCAAUUACUCUUCGAAAGGAUCAGUCCACACAAUCAAUGGAUCCACCAAAAGGACCAGUUUAUGUAGCAAAGUUUGACUAUGAGCAAAGGGAAGCUACUCAACUUUCAUUCAAGGAAGGAGAGAAACUUGAGAUCAAGGAAGAGCGUACUAAUGGAUGGUGGCUAGCAAAAUCAUUAGAUACUGAACAAGAGGGAAGAGUUCAUAUUGAUCAUAUAAGAAAAGAUGAAGAGAAUGAACUAUCAACAUUGGAAUCACUUGAACUAUUUCAUUAUGCAAUGACAGAGAAUGUUGACAUACCUAAAAUCAAGGAAAUUAAGAUGAGAAGUGACGUUGAGAGGGCAAGUCUCUUUUUAUCAUUAAUUAAACAAGAUUCAGUUCUGCUAAAUCAACUUAGAGAAAAAGAACAUGGAAAGCCUAAAGCAAUUAGGUGGUAUGAUGAUGGUGUUCAACUGACCUCUCCAUCUUUAAUACAAUGUCAAGAAGUAGUUUCUUUAUUAACAUACAAGCAUACAAACAUUAACAUCAUCAAAUCAUCUCCUGACAUUGUGCUUAACCUGUUGCCAGUUUUGUUACAAAAUGAAAAGGUGAUGUACUUCAAAAUACAAGACACUCAACUAACGCAGGACUGCGUCUCAUCAUUAUGUAACUUACUGGCUAAUAAUAAAUCAUUAGAAGAAAUACAUCUUACGAACUGUUCCAUUGAUGACAAAGCAGUUGCUGAUGUUACAAGUGUACUAAAAACACACAAUAACACACUUAAAAGAUUAUCCUUUUUAAAUAAUCCUCUUAUUAGUUCUUUUAGUGCUCAGUCUCUUUCUGAACUAAUUACCAAAAAUUCAACAAUAACUGAACUAUCAAUAAGAGGCACCUCAAUAUCAUCUGAUGGAAUACUACUAAUUCUUUCUAUAUUAUCAAUUAAUGAGAAUUUAGUAAAGCUAUACUUAGAUAUGAAGCACCAAGACACAUGCACAGAAUACCAUGAUUAUGAUAUUGUAAAAGAUAGAUUAAUAUUUGUGUAAUUAAUUGUAUUAUGUUAUUUUAUUUAAACACGAAAUAUUUUACGAAGU